CAGAACCAGAACCUUCUGUGUUACAAAAAAAAAAAAAAAAGAACCAGAACCUUCUUGUAACCGAUUAUAAAAUCUCAAUUUCGAUCCCCAGCUUCUCUCUCUAGAGCUUCCCCCACACCUCGAUCCUCUCUAUCAUCAGCCAAUGGCAUCGCAAGCUAGCCUUCUCCUCCAGAAACAACUCAAAGAUCUCUGUAAGCACCCUGUUGAUGGAUUCUCCGCCGGACUCGUGGACGAGAAGAAUAUAUUCGAGUGGAGCGUUACCAUUAUCGGACCUCCAGAUACUCUCUAUGAAGGAGGAUUCUUUAACGCUAUCAUGACCUUCCCGCAGAAUUAUCCUAAUAGCCCACCAUCAGUGAGGUUUAUUUCAGACAUGUGGCAUCCUAAUGUUUAUUCUGAUGGUCGUGUUUGCAUAUCGAUUCUUCACCCUCCCGGUGAUGAUCCAAGCGGUUAUGAGCUCGCCAGCGAGCGUUGGACCCCUGUUCAUACUGUUGAAAGUAUUAUGUUGAGUAUUAUAUCUAUGCUCUCUGGUCCCAACGAUGAGUCUCCAGCAAACGUUGAAGCUGCUAAAGAGUGGCGAGAGAAGAGAGACGAGUUCAAGAGGAAAGUGAGCCGCUGUGUCAGAAAGUCUCAAGAAAUGUUGUGAUCAACUUCAGACUUCACACCUUUGAGAUCUCUCUGGAGUUUCAUCCCUAUCUGAAACUUUUCAAAAUUGUCCAGACACAACUUGUUAUAACCCGGUCUACAUCGUUUUGUUGCGUUCGAGAACCAGAGCGUUCUGGAAAGUGUUGUUCUUGAGAAACUGGCAAUCAUAAUGAUAAAUUUUAGUACUCUUUAAGAAUGCUUUAGUAUGAGGAAUGAUUUGCUCUCUUAUUUUGCCCUGUUGGCAGUUCACAGUUUGUUUUUGUUGAA